GGCUGACUCUGUCCGCGGUGCUGAUCAGCUGCAGCGGCUCUGUUUUGUUCCCUCUUCAGAUGUGCUGUGCUGGAUCUGCGCGGCUUCUCUCCCUGUAGAGCAGGACAGUCUGCGGAGAUGUGGGAGGAGGGGGAGGGGAACAUCAGUGUGAUCGCACGGAAAUGAGUUCAUAGGUCAAAAACUGAGCCAGCAGACCAGGGGAGAGCCAAUCAACCAGAGAAGAGCCCCAGCAUCAAAAUGAGCCAGGACACAGAGACACGAACACGGACCCGCUCCAAAGGCAGUCGGGUGUCGUCAGAACUCGUGAGCCAAGAGAUGAAGCAGGAGUUAAGCAGCAGCUGUCCUACCCCUGGAUGUGAUGGCAAAGGCCACGUCAGUGAAAGAUACUCUCGACAUAGGAGCAUACUGGGAUGCCCGCUUGUAAAGAAAAGGAAGCUGGAGGAGGCUGAGGAGAACCAGUCUGCUCCCAAGAGGAGGAACCAGCCCGCCACAGAAAGUGACCCAGCAGAAGAGGAGGAGGCGCAGAAAGAGGAGGAAGAGGAGGAGGAAGAAGACCUCAAAGAGAAGCAGGACGACAAAACUGACAGGCCAGAGUCAACUCAAACAGACACAGCAGAGGACACACACACUGCAGACUGUCCUCCCAGCGCUGGGGACAACAGCAGCUUCAGCUCACACACUCAGGAGGAAGCUGGGAGGGAGACAACCAGUGAGGAGGUGAAGCAAGUCACUGAGGACCCUCAGCAGGAGGAAACACAGACAAAGGAGGUAGAGGUAGAGGCAGAGGAAGAGGAGGAGGAGGAAGGUAAGCUGGUGACAAAUGACCAGUCAUUAGAGCAACCUGCAGAAGAGAUUAGUGAGCCUACAGAGACAAAGGAAGAGGAGGAAGAGGAGGAAGAGGAAGAUCAGCAACAGAACAUUGUGGAAGAGACGGUGAGAGAAAGACAUGUGAUCAGUCAGGAAAUCUCCGAUCACCAGUACUCCAGUGGAGAUUACAACCAUCACGCCAAAGAAUCAACAGUGGAGCAGAGGAAGAGGGAGGAAGAGGAGGAAGAGGAGGAAGAGGAGGAGGAGGAGGAGAGGGACGUCCACCAAGUUGUCGAUACUCCUUACACUUUGAGUACGAUCAGUCAGGGGUCUGAAGCUGGGAUGGCAGUCAGGGGAGAAAAGGUCAGCACCCCUAUGACUGAGGAAGAGGAGGAAGACGAAUACGAGAGGGAGGAAGAGGAAGAGGAGGAGAGGCUGGCUGCAGGAGAACUGCUGGAAGAGGAAGAGGAGGAGAGGCUGGAGGAGGACCGAGACUCCAGCAAAGCCUCUCCCACCACAGUGGUUAUAGAAGUCCGCUCUGAGGAAGACGAUGAAGAGGAUGAUGAGGAGGAGGAGGAGGAGGAGGAGGAGGAAGAUGAGGAGGAGGAAGAGGAGGAGGAAGGUGAAGAGCAGGAUGGUGUGUCGGAGGGCUCAGGGAUCACAGACGACUCUGAGAACUGGGACAUGACCCGGGGGAACCUGGGUCUGCUGGAGCAGGCCAUCGCCCUGAAGGAGGUGAAGGGGGGGCAGGAGCCGGGCUCUCCAGACUACCAGCCCUACAGCGGCUCCAGCCACAGCCCCGAGGCCUCGGCCCUCCCCCGCCGCACCCCCCACUACAGCAAAGACAAGAAGGAGGUGAAGUGUCCGACCCCGGGGUGUGAUGGGACAGGUCAUGUGACCGGGCUGUACCCUCACCACCGCAGCCUGUCUGGGUGUCCUCACAAAGACCGGAUCCCUCCAGAGAUCCUGGCCAUGCAUGAGAACAUCCUCAAGUGUCCCACUCCGGGCUGCACAGGCCAGGGCCAUGUCAACAGCAACCGCAACACACACCGCAGUCUGUCAGGCUGUCCCAUCGCAGCAGCCUCCAAGCUGAACAAAGGUCAGGACAAGCAGGUGGUGCUGCAGGCGGCGGGGGGGGAGGCGCCGUGUAACUCCGACCGGGUGCUCAGGCCCAUGUGCUUCGUGAAGCAGCUGGAGAUCCCUCAGUACGGCAGCUACGGGCCGGGCGCCGUGACGACCACCCCCCGCGCCAACCUGGCCAAGGAGCUGGAGAAGUACUCCAAGGUGUCCUUUGACUAUGCAAGCUUUGAUGUCCAGGUGUUUGGGAAACGUAUGCUCAUUCCAAAGACCCCCGGCAGCACUGAAACAUCACCCAAAGCCUUCAAAUCUAAAUCCUUCUCCAAGGCCCCCUCCCCCAGCCACAGUGUGUCAGGGGGCUUCUCCAAGAGCGGCUCGUCCUCCAGCAGCUACGACUACAGCCAGGACGCCGAGGCGGCCCACAUGGCAGCCACCGCCAUCCUGAACCUGUCCACCCGCUGCUGGGAGAGGCCCGAGACCCUCAGUGCCCCCCGGGAGCCCUGCAGCAAGGAGUCCCACAUUGAAGUGGAUGAGAACGGCACUUUGGACCUCAGCAUGAAGAGGACCAAGAGGGAUGGCGUGCAGCCUCCAGAGCCUUCAUCUUCCUCGUCUUCAUCCUCUCAACACAUCGGAGCCCCCCUUUCUCAGGGCCACACCCAGCCAGAAUGGGAGGGGCCGCUGGACUUCACCAAACCAAGUGGAGUCAAAGAGGAAGACCAGGAAGAGGUGGAGUAUACGGCUCCUUCAUACACAUCAUCUGAUGGAGAGGAAGAGGACCCGGAGAACCUGGAGGACAGGAAGUACCCUGGUGAGGUCACCACCGGCAGCUUCAAGGUCAAGUUUCAGCCCAAAGACAGCAAAAAAGAAGUUCUUUUAUGUCCCACCCCCGGCUGUGACGGCAGUGGACACAUCACUGGAAACUACGCAUCACAUCGCAGUCUGUCAGGCUGUCCUCUUGCUGAUAAAUCACUUCGGACCCUCAUGGCUGCCCACACAGCUGAACUAAAGUGUCCGACUCCAGGGUGUGACGGAUCGGGCCACAUCACAGGAAACUAUGCCUCUCACAGAAGUCUGUCCGGAUGCCCCAGAGCCAAGAAGGGGGGGGUUAAACUAACCCCCACCAAGGAUGACAAGGAGGACUCUGAGCUGUUGAGGUGUCCGGUUCCUGGCUGUGACAGUCUGGGCCACAUCAGUGGGAAGUACGCCACCCACCGCAGUGCCUACGGCUGUCCGCUGGCCGCGCGCCGGCAGAAGGAGGGUCUUCUUAACGGCACUCCCUUCUCCUGGAAGGCCUUCAAGACGGAGGGCCCGACCUGCCCGACGCCAGGCUGCGACGGCUCGGGCCACGCCAACGGCAGCUUCCUGACGCACCGCAGUCUGUCAGGUUGUCCCAGAGCGUCGGCCAACAAGAAGAGAGCCAAGUUACCCGGAGACGAGUACAUCACCGCCAAGUUCAGAGCCAGCGAUGUUCUGGACAACGAUGAGGACAUCAAGCAGCUCAACCAGGAGAUCAACGAGCUGAGCGAGUCCAACGGUGAGAUGGAGGCUGACAUGAUGAACCUACACACUCAGAUCUCUUCAAUGGAGAACAACCUAAAGAGCAUGGAGGAGGAGAACAAACAUAUCGAGGAGAGGAACGAGGCCUUGUUCCUGGAGCUGUCCGGCCUGAGUCAGGCCCUGAUCCGCAGCCUGGCCAACAUCCGCCUGCCCGCCAUGCAGGAGCCUGUGUCGGAGCAGAACUUUGACAGCUAUGUGGAAACCCUGACCCACAUGUUCACCAAUAAAGACUGCUACCAGAACCCUGAGAACCGGGCUCUGCUGGAGUCCAUCAACCAGGCGGUGAAGGGCAUCGAGGUGUGACGGACAGGAGGACAGGCGGCGGGACAUCAAAGCGACUACAUCCAUCUUUCUUUCCAAACCUUUAGAUUAUGUAUGUAAUUAAUUAUUCUCAUUUGGAGCUUCGUCAGCUGUUCUUUGCAUUAGUUUGAUGUUUGCAUGUUGCUUUAUGAUGGUAUGAGCGUCAACACAUAGUGUGAGCAGGGCUUCUCCAGGUACAGGCACUCAGUGCAGAGGGUCAGGAAUGCAGUAUGAGCCUGAGCUGAGCACAUCCUCUUAGUUAGUGAACAUAUCCCAGCACUCAUUAAUGUUGAUAGUAUUCUAUAUGAGCAUAGUGUUGUUGCACCUCCAGGACUAGUUUGUAGAUUCAUUCUUAAUAUUGCUGUGUAACUAUUUAAGUCCUUUGCAAAUGUUGGUUUAAUAACGUAUUCAUUCAUGUCUGCUGUAUUAUUCUUUAUGUUAGCCUAUUUAUUAUUCAUUAUUUAUUUAUUUAUUCACUUUUUUAAUUUUAAAAUGCUACCUGAGAAUAUUGAAAUGGUAACCAAGAGAAGGGAAUCAUUUCCUCUGCAUUGUUGAACAAUGAGGAAAUAUUUUAAGAUAUCAACUAUGAAUUGUUUUAUAUAUCUUAUUUAUUUAAAAUACUGGGAUCUUUUUAAGUGCAAAUAUUUUGUAACUAAAAGUUUUUUAAUAAUUUUCUAAAGAUUUUUUUUGAGUGCUUCCGUUUAUAUGAUUUUCCUUUUUAUUUUCACAAACUAUUUUGAGUACAUUGCAAUACACUGGGAAAAUUGAGCUGCACAUAUUUGGUAUUUAUUUGGUGAUGAAGAACAAAGUGAUGGUGAAUAUUUAUUUUGUAUUGUCUAAGUGUUACUGAUGGCUGUGUAUGGAUUAGUCUUUGGGUUGCUUUUGAAAUAAAGGUUAACCCACAGUAAACGUGA